AUGGAUGAUGCUUGCUUGGUUCCUUUGCAGCUGAUAAUGUUGUUGUGGAGCUACUUCGCAACAGUUUUUACAGACCCAGGUUCUGUUCCUGAGCAUUUCAGAAGAGAGAUGGGAGGUGGUGACAGUUUGGAGGCUGGUACUUCAACAGACCAAGGAGCUUUUGGCUCUUUAGGUUACUGUACCAAAUGCCGUAAUGUUAAGCCGCCUCGUUGCCAUCAUUGUUCUGUGUGUCAAAGAUGUGUGCUCAAGAUGGAUCAUCACUGUGUUUGGAUUGUCAAUUGUGUUGGAGCGCGCAAUUACAAGUUUUUCCUUCUCUUUCUGUUCUAUACUUUCUUUGAGACAUUGUUGGAUGUUAUAGUCUUGCUUCCUAGUUUUAUCGAAUUCUUCAGCCAGGCUGUUAAGCAUUCCUCUUCUCCUGGUAAACUAGCCUCCCUCGUUCUGGCAUUUGUUCUUAACUUUGCGUUCGUUCUCAGCCUUCUUUGUUUCGUAGUUAUGCAUCUUUCUCUUCUAUCAUCCAACACUACUUCAGUUGAGGUUCAUGAGAAAAAUGGAGAAGUUAGAUGGAAAUAUGACUUGGGAAAGAAGAAAAACUUCGAGCAGGUUUUUGGGAAGAAGAAGGCCUUUUGGCUCCUCCCAUUGUACUCUAAAGACGAUCUUGAUAACAUAACUUCCCUUCAAGGCCUUGAGUUUCCAACUCGUUCGGACAUCGACCCUUGAUUGAAACAAAUCAACCACUCAUUGUCGAAAAAGUCUUCAACUACACCCCAAUGUAGAUAAUUGUUGUCAAAAAGAACUCUGAUAACACAUUCUUGUAUAAUGAAAUUGAUUUGAUUCAUUUCUUUGCUUCUUGUUUAAAGUCUAAGUUCAUUUGACAUUCAAGUUAUGUUAUGAGAUCAAAUCUGUGUUA